CCAUUUCUCUCUUUUUGGUUACCUUGAAGAAAAGAAAAACCAUCUCGAAAGGUUUUUGCCUUAGGCUCUUUCACUUGGUGGCCUUUCCUCCCCUGCCUCUACCCAUGGAUAUUGAGUCAACAGCUCAAGAGAAAGCCAGGUUUUGUGGGAUUGCUUGCGGCAGCGCUAAGGCCUUGCCUGAUAUGUUGAAGGCCAAGGUUAUAUCAAUUGCUAAGAGCAUCAUGAAGCUUGAGCAAGAUGACCCAAGAAGGCUCAUUCACUCCCUGAAAGUGGGCCUUGCUCUCACAUUGGUGUCGUUAUUAUACUACGCUAGACCUCUCUAUGAUGGUUUUGGGGUGUCAGGAAUGUGGGCAGUGCUAACAGUUGUGGUUGUAUUUGAAUUCACAGUAGGUGGAACUCUAAGCAAGAGUUUAAAUAGAGGAUUUGCAACAUUUUCCGCUGGUGCUCUUGGAAUUGGAGCAGACUAUUUUGCAGGUCUCUUUGGAAAGCAAGGAGAACCCAUUGUCCUAGGAAUCCUUGUUUUCCUGCUAGCUACAGCAGCUACAUUCUCAAGAUUCUUUCCAAGGAUCAAGGCAAGAUAUGAUUAUGGAGUCCUGAUAUUUAUACUGACCUUCAGUUUGGUAGCUGUUUCGGGGUACCGAGUUGAUGAACUGGUGGUGCUAGCCCAUCAAAGACUAUCAACAAUUAUAAUGGGAGGAGCAACCUGCAUGCUUAUAUCCAUUUUUGUUUGUCCAGUAUGGGCUGGUGAAGAUCUUCACAGGGCAGUCGCUUCCAACCUGGAAAAGCUAGCUAGUUACCUAGAAGGAUUUGGAGGUGCAUAUUUUCAAUCCCAUGAAGAUGAUGGGAGUGGUGUGGUUUCAAAGGAUGGCAAGUCAUUUCAUCAGGGAUAUAAAAGUAUUCUCAACUCAAAGAACAGCGAAGAAUCUUUGGCAAAUUUUGCUAGAUGGGAACCUGGACAUGGCCGCUUCCGACUCCGUCACCCAUGGAAACACUACUUGAAGAUUGGAGCUCUUGCUCGACAAUGUGCCUAUCAGAUUGAAGCUAUCAACGGCUGCAUUGACUCUGAUAUCCAAGCAUCACAAGAAUUCAAAAGUAAAAUUGAAGGAUCAUGUAAAAGAAUGAGUGCAGAAUGUGGUAAGGCACUAAAAGCAUUAGCCACAGCAAUGAAAACAAUGACAGAUCCAUCCUCCACGAAUCCCCAUGUGGAGAACUCCAAAGCUGCCAUGAAAGACCUCAAAUUUGCUCUCAAAGCAGCCUCCUUAGAAGAUGAAGACUUCCUAGCAAUAGUACCAGCUGCCACAGUCGCUUCAAUUCUGGUCGAGAUUGUCAAAUCCGUAGAGAAAAUUUCAGAAGCAGCCAAUGAACUUUCCCAACUAGCUCGUUUCAAGAAAGUGGAACCGACUGUUUCACCAGAGAAACCACAGCAGCUGCUUCACAGGGGAAUCAUCCAACCCGUUUUGGAUGCUGAUAGCAACGAUAAUGUUGUUAUCGCAAUACAUGAAAUAUCCACUGAUUCGCCAGAGAAUGAGAAACCUGGCCAUCAGGUACCAAAGCCUGGCCAAAGAUUUAUGGAAGUGUAAAUAUUUGUAGCUAACAUGUGACUAGCUCUCUCUCUCUCUCGUUGCUAAUUAUCUAUGCCUCAUAUUUAAUAUGGGGCACUUGAAGAGGGAAGCAAUUAUUAACAAAUCCUUCCCUGUUUUGUAGUCAAUCUCCUUUUAAUAUGUAGCCCUUUCUCUUGUUGUC